CGGGCAGCUGCUGUCUGCCGCACGUUUCCGCUCGGAGCAGCCAAUCAGAGGCCGAUGCGCCCCAGCUUAUAAAGCCAACUGCAGGGGAGCCUUUCCGCUGUCCUCACUGUCUUGAGAUUCACUGACCCCAUCUGCAUCGACGAGCUCUCAACCGUGAAGAUGGCGACCCGGACGAUGCAAGCGGCGCGCUGCCCCACAGACGAACUGUCGCUGACCAACUGUGCUGUGGUCAGUGAGAAGGAUCUGCAGUCUGGACAACAUGUGACAGUGAAGACCACACCUAACCACAAGUAUGUGUUCACUGUAAAAACUCACCACACAGUGGCACCAGGGAGCAUUGCCUUCAGCUUGCCACAGAGAAAAUGGGCUGGACUGUCUAUUGGCCAGGAAGUGGAAGUGUCCAACUACAACUUUGACAAGUCCAAGCAGUGCAUUGGUGCCAUGACCAUCGAGAUCGACUUUCUGCAGAAGAAGAACACUGACUCUUCCCCAUACGAUUCUGACAAGAUGGCCGCUGAGUUCAUCCAGCAGUUCAACAGCCAGGCCUUCUCUGUCACUCAGCAGCUGGUUUUCAGUUUCUGUGAUAAGCUGUUUGGUCUGAUGGUGAAGGACAUUGAGGCCAUGGAUGCCAGCAUCCUGAAGGGAGAGCCAGCCACGGGCAAGAAACAGCAGAAGAUUGAUGUGGGGCUGAUGGUGGGCAACAGUCAAGUGAUCUUUGAGAAGGCAGAAAACUCAUCUCUAACUCUAGUCGGAAAAGCCAAGACUAAAGAGGCCCGACAGACGAUCAUUAACCCUGACUGGAACUUUGAGAAGAUGGGCAUUGGUGGUUUGGAUAAGGAGUUUUCCGACAUUUUCCGCAGAGCAUUUGCAUCUAGAGUUUUCCCUCCAGACAUUGUCGAACAGAUGGGCUGUAAACAUGUGAAGGGUAUCUUGCUUUUUGGCCCUCCUGGUUGUGGUAAAACACUGAUGGCCAGGCAGAUCGGUAAGAUGCUCAAUGCCCGAGAACCCAAAGUGGUCAACGGUCCUGAAAUCCUCAACAAGUAUGUGGGCGAGUCUGAAGCCAACAUCCGCAAAUUGUUCGCUGACGCUGAGGAGGAGCAGAAGAGGCUGGGAGCGAACAGUGGUCUUCACAUCAUUAUCUUUGAUGAGUUGGAUGCUAUCUGCAAACAGAGAGGCACUGGGGCAAGCAGUACGGGAGUCCAUGACACUGUAGUCAACCAGCUGCUGUCUAAGAUCGAUGGCGUGGAGCAGCUCAACAACAUCCUGGUUAUUGGCAUGACCAACAGACCUGACCUGAUUGAUGACGCCCUGAUGAGGCCUGGCAGGUUUGAAGUCAAAAUGGAAAUUGGUCUGCCUGAUGAGAAGGGCCGUGUGCAGAUCUUGACCAUUCACACAAAUAAGAUGAGAAGCUUUAACUUGCUGGCCCCAGAUGUGGAUGUCAAGGAGCUGGCAACAGAGACCAAGAACUACAGUGGUGCCGAGCUAGAGGGCCUGGUCCGAGCAGCCCAGUCAACUGCAAUGAACCGACAUAUUAAGGCCACAUCCACAGUAGAAGUAGACAUGGAGAGGGCAGAAAAGCUGCUGGUUACAAGAGCUGACUUCUUUGGAUCACUCAACAAUGACAUCAAACCUGCCUUUGGAACCAACCAGGAGGACUACUCCAGCUACGUCAUGAACGGCAUCAUCAAAUGGGGUGAUCCAGUCACUCAUGUCCUAGAUGAUGGGGAGCUGCUCGUGCAGCAGACCAAAAACAGUGACCGCACACCACUGGUUGCUGUGUUAUUGGAGGGUCCACCACACAGCGGCAAAACAGCUUUGGCAGCUAAGAUUGCAGAGGACUCCCAGUUCCCCUUCAUUAAGAUCUGCUCCCCAGACAAGAUGAUUGGAUUCUCUGAGAUUUCCAAGUGCCAGGCAAUCAAAAAGGUCUUUGAUGAUGCCUAUAAGUCACAGCUCAGUUGUGUGGUGGUGGAUGACAUUGAACGUCUCCUUGACUAUGUCCCCAUCGGCCCACGCUUCUCCAACCUGGUGCUCCAGGCCCUGCUGGUACUGCUCAAGAAGCCCCCGCCCAAGGGACGGAAGUUGCUUAUUAUCGGCACCACCAGCAGAAAGGACGUGCUACAGGAGAUGGAGAUGUUAGAUGCCUUCAGCACCACUAUCCACAUCCCCAAUAUUUCUACAGGAGAGCAACUAGUGGAUGCUCUCGAGUUGCUGGGAAGUUUCUCGGACAAGGAGCGCGCCAGCAUAGCUCAUCAGCUCAAAGGAAAGAGGGUCUGGAUCGGAAUCAAGAAACUGCUUGUCUUCAUUGAGAUGUCCCUACAGAUGGAACCCGAUUACAGAGUUACCAAGUUCCUUUCUUUGCUGCGAGAUGAGGGCGCUGAUCGAAGCUUCUAUGAGUAAAACAUGUCAAUGUCACCACAAGUCCAAGAAAAUGCCAUGAAGAAGAAGGAGGAGAAGGAGGAAGAGGAGUGGAGUCAUUCUUCCUACCCCUGGUAUUCCAUCCUGAGGACUACUUAGCAUGUUUUAGUAAUCUAUCACAUCAUCGGUCUUUGCUAUUGACAUAUCACAGCAAAACCACUGAAAGUUGUACUGUUAAAAAGACUCUGCAAUAGGUGAUUGUAUAAAGUGCUGUUUUGUGCAUCGUGUGUGGAAAAAAGUUGUAUUUGUAGUUGUAGUAUUUGUAACCAUCCAGUUAGUUAGUUAAAAUAUGUACCUACACAAAACAGUAUAAAGAAAUACACAAAUCUCUAUAUAGGUGAGACAGUGAGAGGGUGAAAUAUAGUGGCUGUAAAAAUAGGUAAAUGUGUAAAUGUGGACCCUUUAAUUUUGUACAUAUUAUAUAUAUGGACAAGUAUAACAAAACUAAAAUAUGUUUACUAUUUUCUUCACUACUAGUAUGACUUAUGCUUAUAUAUGUUGGUAAUUUAGUGGAAGUUAAUGUCAGAUUGGUGGCCUGUCUGUAUACAGUACAGUUCAGUCUAGUUAGUGUUGCCAUGGCAAUGUCAGUGUUUGAGAAACUAUUCAGCACUUUGGAAUUAAACAUUUUAGUAUUUCUUUGGGAGCUAGACGCCGCAUGUGUCCAGUGUAUGGGUUUCUUGUAUGGCUGUGUGGUGAAUAUAUGUGUGAUAAUGUGAGGAUGGUUUACUUGUCAUUUUUUCCUCAUGUUUUGUGUUGUGUGCUUCUCGUCUCAAGUUCCUGUUUUGUUCUAAGCAUUGAUGUGUGUGUGUGUAAAUAUAAAUUAACAUGCAGAUGUAUUAUUGCAAUAAAAACUACUGAUGCAAAGAAGCAACACAUGAUUUGUUUCCUUAUGAAUAUUUUACUUAGUUAACUUAAUACUUAUACAACAUGUUGGUCAGUUGGUUUACAAUGUUAACAUACCUGACAUCCAUUAGCGUGCAUCUUUACAGAAUAUAAACAUGAAAGACAUUACUGAAUUCAGAUCUGGCCAGUAUGAACAUGUAGACAAAAACUAAAUCGAUGUUAUAAGUAACUACCUGAACCUUAGAUUUUCAUCAAGGGUCCAGGUUUAUAUAUUUAUUUAUUUAUUUGACUGGGACAAUGCAUAUUGAUGAACAGACAUGAUUCAACAUGAAUGUAAAUAUGCCAUAAUAUAGCCAAGGCUAAUUUCCAUCUGUUGUCCCACGGAGGUAGUUACUUAUAACAGAGGUUUGAUUGAGCCACCACACAUUCAUUCAAGCUUUACACCAGGACUGACUCACACAAAAAUGUUUAUUGAAUAUUCAUACAAAGUUAUAAUAACUUUACAAUUUGUGGUUAAAAGUACUAGACCUAGUACUAGUACUUUGGAGAGCCAACAGAAAUGUGUCUGAGGGCCAUGUUUGUCCCCAUGGCCAUAGUUUGGGCACCACUGCCUUAAAUUAUUGUUGUUUUAAAAUGCAAAUAAAAAAUAACUCACAUUUUGUACAUUUGACAUAAACAUAGUUUGCCAUUCUAAACAUUAUUUGCCUUGCAGUGCCAUCCCUAUAGUUCCUUAGAUUAAGGUGGCAGUGCCAGUUCUCCUCCAACUAGACACAUUAUCUGUAUAUUUGUUUGUUUGUUUGUUUUGAUGACUUUUAUGUGUAGCACUUUGGGCAGCUGAAGUUGCUCUUAAAUGUGCUAUAUAAAUAAACUUGAACUGAAUUGAAUUGACUGUCAUAAAUGAUAGAUCCCUGGACCUUUGCCUCAUCCAGCCUAGUUUGCUUCAUAAUAAGCACUUAAUUAAACAUAUAUUAGUAUUAAUAAAAUUCCAUAAGCUUUACAGCUUCUUGGGGCUCCAUGUUUUUCACAGGGUCACUUAUAUAUUGCAUGCAUAUGUAAACAGAAAUGUGUGUACAAUAUACACAUUCUGUAUGUAGCAUGUAAACGCUGAGUGUGUAGAUGCGUAUGUUGCUACGUUUGUGUAUGUAUGUGCCCUAUGUAUGUGUACGUUGUG